CGUUAUCCGUUUUAUUUAGACCGCUGUCAAAUAAGUUUGAAAAGUGCUUUCAAAAUGUUGCAAAACGACGCGGUGCGGACUUUGCAAUAUGAUAGUGAGAUUCGCGUGGCCCAGCAGCCCAGUCCCUCAGAACCCAGAGUUUAUGACUCCCAUAUCAGCAUUACUUCACAGCCGCGGCCGGAGGUUCCUCGCAUCCCCUUGCCGGUGCCUAUUGUCACGGUUACGGGCAGCCGAACCUUUAUUCCCCUCUCCGGCUACGAUUGCCUAGCGGAUCUGCCAUCGGUGCACAUUGAACAGACAUUCGAGCUCAACGAGGCUCUUACAGGAGUCUCAUCGGAGAAUCGGUAUGUGGUGCGAUCUCCAUUGGGUGAUGCCAUUUUUGCGGCCAGCGAGAGCUCGACAGAGAAAAAUCGUCUGCUUUGGGGAGCCGGACGACCCUUCCAGAUGCACCUCCUGGAUAAAACACAUCAGGAAGCUCUAGUUUUUAGGAAAAAACUAGCGCUGGGAUCACUCUGUUGCCAGCCAAAAUGUCUGGAGAUUUGGAUACCGCCAGGUAAUGUGCUGGGAAGAGUGGUGCAGUCACCCACUUUCAUGCAGCCAGAGUUCUUUAUCGAGGAUGAGAGCACCGGUCAGCCCGUGUUUUGUGUGGAGGGUCCUGCUAACUCAGGACUCUGCUGUUUUUGCCUGCCCAGAGAGUGUUAUUUCAAGUUUUCCCCACAGAUCCAUUCCGGUGGCAAUAUGAGGGCUUCCAUAGACCACAAAUGGCUUGCCAGCAAGUCGCAGUACACCACAAAUAUUUACUUUAGUGAUGUGAAACUAACAGCCAAAGAGCGGGCUUUGAUAUUGGGUUCAGCCUUUUUACUGGAAUAUCUGUACUUCCAGACCCGCUUUUAAACAUUGAAGCUUUAAUAAACCUUGUAUAUUCACAUUGA